AUGGCACAGGCCGAGGGAAACGACAAAUCUUCGAACCCCAUGCGGGAACUCCGCAUUCAGAAACUCGUCCUCAACAUCUCCGUUGGCGAGUCUGGUGACAGACUUACUCGUGCAGCCAAGGUGUUGGAACAGCUGAGCGGUCAAACCCCUGUCUACAGCAAGGCCCGCUACACCGUCCGUACUUUCGGUAUCCGACGUAAUGAGAAGAUUGCUGUCCACGUUACCGUCCGUGGCCCCAAGGCUGAGGAGAUUCUUGAGCGUGGCCUCAAGGUCAAGGAAUACGAAUUGAGGAAGAAGAACUUCUCUGAGACCGGAAACUUCGGAUUCGGUAUCAACGAACACAUCGACUUGGGCAUCAAGUAUGACCCUGGUAUCGGUAUCUACGGAAUGGACUUCUACUGCUGCAUGACCCGCCCUGGUGAGCGUAUCGCUAAGCGCCGACGAUGCAAGUCCAAGAUCGGUGCCCCCCACCGUAUCAACCAGACCGAGACCAUCAAGUGGUUUAAGAGCAGAUUCGAGGGAAUUGUCCGAUAA